AAAUAAUAAUAUGUUCAAUACAAAUAAUAAUAUGUUCAAUACAAAUAAUAAUAUGUUCGGUUCAAAAAGUAGUUUAUUAGGAACAAAUAAUAAUAAUAAUAUAUCGAAUAAUUCAUUAUUAAAUAAUAAUACAUCUAACAAUAAUAUGUUCAAUAAUAAGCUAUUUCAAAAUACAAAUAAUAAUUUUAUAUCCAGCACGAAUACGAAUAUGACAAAAAAUACAUUUAGUAUGAAUACGAAUAUGUCAAAUAAUAAUAUAUUUCAAAAUAAUAACAAUAAUAAUAAUAAUAAUAUAUUUCAACAGAAAACUACCACAUCCAAUUUUAAUAGUGUCUUUAAUUCAUCAAAUAAAAAUAACUUGUUUUCAAGAUAA